GGGCGCUGUAAAUGCCCCCUUCCCUCUUCUGUCUUGUCAUCUCUCCUUUCCCCCCUCUCUCGCGCUCACACAGUCACUCAUCAUCUCCUUCCACUCCUCUCUCUCUCUAUUUAUUUCUCUCUCCUCUCUUCAGUCCUGUGUCCACCUGACUACUGACUUCUCUUUCCCCUUGGAUCAUUUCAGUCCACGUGUCCGGCCCCACGUCUCACCCUUGACCCCUUCCCUAGUUUCCUUUCCCCCACGAGACCGAGACCGAGACCGAGACCGAGACCGAGAGACCUCUCAACUCAACUUCUCCUGUAGGCUGUAUUCCCCUGAUUCCCACUCCCACGUAUCGCCUCUCCCCUCACUUAUCUCUCUCUCUCUCUGCUCUGCUCGUCUCUGCAGCCUUUUCUCUCCACUUGAACACUUCACGCCCAUUGGACCAUAACACAGAACGAGACACUUCCUGCUCGCCCUCUCUAUCAUUCUAUCUCUCUCCUUCUGCGUGUACAGCUUUUCCCUUAAAAGGACUUGACCUUACUGGAGGAGAACUCAACACUGAACAGCCAAGCAGCAGCGAACACCAAAACUGCUGCUCUUUGCCUCUCUUCCUCCUUACACUCACAGACAGAAAUAUAAGCAUUAAGCAUUAGUUUCUACUUUCAUAAAGACAACAAACAGAUCCCCACCAAUAGACUGUACUGCAGCCUCGUAGUAGAAAAAAAGAAAGAUAUAUUAAGGAGCAACAAGAGGACGCGAGAGAGAGAGAGAGAGAGAGUGAGGAGGGUGAUGGAAAAUGGCGGAAAUGGAUUAUUCAGCGGCAAUGGAGGAAGUGGCAGAGGGCAAAAUAGUAAUAACGUCAAUCACUCGUGGGAUAUUUGGGAGCUGGGGACGUCUCGGUUCGAUUGGAGCAACAACUCUUUCAACGCAGACGCUGUAACAACGACAACAACGACCGCAGUAGCAGCAGCAGCAGCAGCAGCGCAUGCUAUAAUGUUUCCUCACCAGGGGGACAAUGCGCACCACCACCACCACCUCCACCACUAUCCGUCUCUGUACGCCACUGCGGCUUCCCACGUGCACCCUGAUCCCCAUCUCGCCUGUUUGAAGUUAGGCAAGCGACAUUACUUCGAGGACGGUACGCCGUUGGGGGAGCGCCACGUACCUGGCUUCCCCAUCGAGAAGAGGGGCAGAUCCUAUGAUGUCGGCGUUGGUGUUGGCGGUCCGUCGUCGUCGACAACCGCGGCCGCUACUAUUGCUGCUGCUGGAAUGGGAUCCCCGGUAGCGGUGCCCAGGUGUCAGGUGGAAGGCUGCCAUGUCGCGCUUUUGAAUGCCAAGGAUUACCACCGGAGGCACAAAGUGUGCGAGAUGCAUUCCAAAGCGCCUAAGGUGGUGGUGCUUGGGAUCGAGCAGCGUUUCUGCCAGCAGUGCAGCAGGUUUCAUGUGGUAUCAGAGUUCGACGAUUCAAAAAGGAGUUGCAGGAGGAGAUUAGCUGGUCACAACGAGCGAAGGAGGAAGAGCUCUAAUGAUUCUAUUUCCAGGAACCAAUCUCAAGAACAAAAAUCAACGGGUGGAAGAUUCUCGUGCAUAUCAUCGUCGUCAGGACGUGCUCUCUCUCUUCUGUCAUCCAAGUCUUCCUCCUGGAUUUCUCCAUCUGACCUCUCCUCUCGGUCUAGUGCUGCACUACGCGAGUUGAUUGCAGAGAAUCGAGCAGCAGCCCUCGCCCGGCAGCUCUUUUUGGACAGGGCCUGGCACCACCAUGCGAUGGAUGAGUUGGGUGGCACCCAACCAGGAAUAGUGCCUCACCCUCACCAACACCAACCAUUCCCGGAAUCAACCGAGUGGAACAAAUUCCAAGACGGUGAUGCCCAUGUGACAUUAGACCUGAUGCAGAUGCCAAGCUCGCCUUUCGGCUUCCUACCUGGCAAGACAAAGUCCAAGGAAGAGGAGGAUGAAUGCUGUGAGAUAUGGAAGUCUUUGGAGGGAACUCAUGUCAUCUGAAGUUCUUUUUUCAUUUGUUUAUUGUUUUUUCUGCUUCCUUCUUAAUCGUCACUGUUUGCUUAUUGUGUUAUGUUCCUACUUUCAUUCGGAAUUUCUGAUGAAGUCUGAACUUUGAACCACAUUGCAUCUGAUGAAAGAAAGGGGGUUCAGAGAAGGGACUUUCCAUAUACAAGAUGUGAUUUAUCAUGUGUC